AUGGAUUUUGAGGACCAUGACGAAGCUCAGCUGGGGAUGACCGGACCCACCUAUGAUGACUCGCCGUUCAACCCCUGCCGAGUCAAAAUGCCCACUCACACCGCCGAAGAAGACCCCGUGCCGCCGGCGGUCACUCCAUCUCCUACCAACACCCGAAACAGUGCCAGGGGAAAGUACAAAGAGUGCCUCAAGAACCACGCCGUCGGAAUCGGCGGUCACGCGCUCGACGGCUGCGGCGAGUUCAUGGCGGCGGGCGCGGAGGGAACCCUGGACGCCCUUAAAUGCGCCGCCUGUAACUGCCACCGCAACUUCCACCGGAAGGACCCCGCCGAUAGCCCCUUCCUAAUGCCCUUCCAACAGCGCCGCCACCAGCCGCCGCAGUUCGCGGCGGCCUACUUCCGGGCGCCGGCGGGCUACCUGCAGGUGGCGGGUCAGCAGCGUGGAGGCCUAGCCACGCUGGCACUCCCGUCCACGUCAGGUGCGGGCGGUGGGCCCCAGAGCCCGAGGGAGGACCAGGAAGAUGUGUCGGACCCAAGUGGUGGUGGUAGCGGGUCCAACAAGAAGAGGUUCAGAACCAAGUUCACUCUGGAGCAGAAAGACAAGAUGCUCGCUUUCGCUGAAAAAUUGGGUUGGAGGAUUCAGAAGCACGACGAGAGUGUCGUGCAGGAGUUCUGUUCCCAAACUGGCGUUCAGCGUCAUGUCCUUAAGGUCUGGAUGCAUAACAACAAGCACACCCUUGGAAGAAAAAAAGCAUAUAAAAAGAUAGAAGAAAAGUGCAGAGAAGGUAUUAUUCUUGAUGAGGAGUCAACUCAAAGGUGCAGUUGUCUAAGAUUGGGAGGGACCUCAUUUAGAUUCGUUUGUAUUCACAGCUUUUUCCAAAGCGAAAUUGAAGAUUUGAAAGGAAAAAAAGGGAAAGUUUCCAAGUCCAGCAAGCAAGAAAGCAAGCAACUGAUUGACAACAAGUGCACUCAGUGUCCUCUCCUCUGUUUCCUAGGUCAAGUCCAACCAAACUCCCCUGUCUCUCUCACUUUGUUCCUCGUUUCCUCCGACCCAUCCUUUACCAAUUACCAUUGCUUCCUCCGACUUUCAACAUCCAUCACACUCUCUAUCUGGUUUCAGAUUCUUCACACCCCCAACACAUAUUCCUCUCUGAUGGGUUCCAUCUCGCACGUGAUCACCACCAACCCCACUCUCCUCCACCUACCCUCUACACGCUCCACCGCAAUCCGCUUCUCCGGCUUCAAUCCUCGCCUCCUCCCGCUGCCACCCGCCAGAGGAGUCGCCGGGAAAGUCGGCGUCUUUGCGGAGCUUAGCAGCCCAAGUAGCACCACUUCCGCCAUCGAUUUCAGCGACCCCGAUUGGAAAACAAAGUUCCAGCAAGAUUGGGAGGCUCGUUUCAGACUGCCCCAUCUCACCGACAUCUUCCCAGAUGCUCCUCCCAUUCCUUCCACCUUUUGUCUUAAAAUGAGAACUCCGAUUGAUAGAGACUUUCCUGGUCAUUAUUCUUCUGAUGAGGAGUGGCAUGGAUAUAUUAAUAACAAUGACAGAGUGCUUCUUAAGACAAUAUACUAUUCGUCACCUACAUCUGCUGGUGCUGAGUGCAUUGAUCCUGAUUGUACUUGGGUGGAACAAUGGGUUCAUCGAGCUGGGCCUCGGGAAAAGAUAUACUAUAAACCAGAAGAAGUAAAGGCAGCAAUUGUUACUUGUGGAGGGCUCUGCCCUGGUCUUAAUGAUGUUAUUAGACAGAUUGUAAUCACCCUUGAAAUAUACGGUGUAAAUAACAUUGUGGGGAUUCCUUUUGGCUAUCGAGGAUUUUCCGACAGAGAAUUGACUGAAUUGCGGUUAUCAAGAAAAGUAGUGCAGAAUAUUCAUCUUUCUGGCGGAAGCCUGUUGGGAGUUUCGCGAGGAGGACCUGGAGUCAGUGAUAUCGUGGACAGUCUGCAGGAAAGAGGGAUCAACAUGCUUUUUGUAUUGGGUGGAAAUGGUACCCAUGCUGGUGCAAAUGCAAUUCACCACGAGUGCUGCAAAAGAGGGUUGAAGGUAUCUGUAAUUGGUGUGCCCAAAACUAUUGACAAUGAUAUAUUAUUGAUGGAUAAAACGUUUGGCUUUGAUACUGCUGUUGAAGAAGCACAAAGAGCAAUAAAUUCUGCAUACAUUGAGGCACAUAGUGCAUAUCAUGGAAUUGGGGUUGUGAAAUUGAUGGGCCGUAGCAGUGGAUUCAUAGCAAUGCAGGCAUCCCUGUCUAGUGGACAGGUUGACAUAUGCUUGAUUCCUGAGGUACCUUUCAAUUUCCAUGGUCCUCAUGGAGUAUUGGGUCAUCUCAAGUUCCUUUUAGAAACGAAGGGAUCAGCUGUAGUCUGUGUUGCAGAGGGAGCUGGACAGAAUUUACUCCAAAAGACAAAUGCUAGGGAUGCAUCAGGAAAUGUUGUAUUUGGAGAUAUUGGAGUAUAUAUUCAACAAGAGACAAAAAAAUAUUUUAAGGAGAUUGGUGUUCAUGCUGAUGUAAAAUAUAUUGAUCCAACAUACAUGAUCCGUGCAAUUCGAGCUAAUGCAUCAGAUGGAAUUCUAUGCACUGUACUUGGACAAAAUGCUGUUCAUGGUGCGUUUGCAGGAUAUAGUGGCAUUACAGUUGGCUUAUGUAACACCCACUAUGCUUACUUUCCCAUCCCCGAAGUGAUAUCUCAUCCUAGGUUGGUGGACCCCAAUAGUCGAAUGUGGCAUCGUUGCUUAACUUCAACAGGUCAACCUGACUUCAUCUAA